AUGCCGCCGAAACUCUCUCCACUCCCGCGCAAACCGACUGUUCAGCCAAGUUUUCUCUCUGCCGAUGACGACAUCUGGCUUGGUAACAUACACGUGGGGCCAGGUGGAGUGGAGUUCACUGGAGAAGGAGAUCUGCACGUCCCUUGUCAGGACCUCUCCCUCGACUCGCUGGAUUGUGUGAAGUGUUUGGGAAAAGGCACCCAAGGCAAAGUGAGUAAGUGCAUCAAUCAAAAGGACGGCGCUGUUUAUGCGGUGAAGCGGCUCCUUAUUCCCAGGACGACGGACCGAAUGAAUAAAAGCACCGUGGCAGGAGAAUUACGUAACAUUUUCUCUCAGGGAACCAAUGCAUACACCGUGGAGCUUUACAACGCCUUUUAUAAGGACGGUACACUCUCACUUGUUAUGGAGUAUAUGGACUGGGGAAACUUGGAAGAACUGAUCGCUAUCUGCCCAACUAUUCCGGAGCCGGCAUGUGCCUACAUUGCAUCACAAAUUCUGCAUGCCUUACAGAUCCUUCAUACCAAGGCGAAUCACCCCACGGAAACCGAUCAAAAAGGACGCCGUCAGAUUCAUCGUGAUAUCAAGCCAGCCAAUGUAAUGCUUUCUAAAAACGGUGUUGUGAAACUCACGGAUUUUGGCAUUGCCGCAAGCACAGAAACAAUUGGCGUAAAUUCUUUUGUUGGUACUGCUACAUACAUGAGUCCAGAGCGGAUUCAAGGACGGACUUACAGUACACCAAGUGACAUCUGGAGCGUGGGAGUAUUAACUGCCCAACUGCUGCUUGGACAUUUUCCCUUUUCAGCCGCAGAAGGAGGAUUUAUGGCUUUGUUACGCCAAGUGACGGAGUGUUGCUCACUCUCUUUAGUUGAUCAGUGCGCAUGUUCUCAAAAGGCGGAGAAUUUUAUAAAUCAUUGCAUUUGCCGAAACCCUGAUGAUCGCAGCACUGCGACUGAGUUGUUGCAACAUGAGUGGAUUGUCCAAAAUGCCUCAAACGGGAAGGACGUUCUUACAGAGCUGCUGGGCACAGUGGGUGAGCCGGUGGCUUCUGCGGAGUAUGGCAAUUCCUAA